GCACAGGCUAUCUUUAGUCGCGUUGGGUGCAUGCUCUUGCGGCCGCUCGAGGCCGAGGUCCACCACGCGCGGCGGCUCGUGGCUUCCAUGCGCUGCGUCGUCGUCGUCUCUGAGUUUUUUCAUUUGCUCGGCCCGGCGCUAUCGGCGCACGUCCGGCGCUUUGACGUCGCGGCCGCCGUCCGUACCUCGCCCCGCACGGUCUCGUGCCGCCGCUUUCGGUCCAAAAUGGCCACGCGAAUCCAACGGCGGUGGCGCGGGUUUGUGCGCCGGCGCCGCUUCUUUCGUGCACUGUACGCCCACAAGCGCCACAGCACCAAACGAGGCAUGGCCAAGUUUGAGCGCGCGGCACGAACGCUUCAGCGCGUCUACCGCGGGUAUCGUUGUCGGCAGUGGCUUUUGCGCCGAGCCAAGGACGCCCUGCGCGGCCCGAGCAUAUACGGAGGCGACGCGCGCCUCGUGUAUAGGCCACCCGACCGCCUCUGCACUCGUCUCGAACGACUCCGGGAGCGCCGGAUAGCGUACCAAAUGACGUGGCACGAGCUGCUCGCGUUGCAAGCCAAGCGCGACGCUCUUCUAGCGACCCACGUGGCGCUGCAAGCGCAGCUGCAGGAUGCCAACGGCAACGACGUCGCGACGUCCCUCAUUGAUGGGUUUCCAUCAACCUAUGCGCCGACGAUUGUCAGCAACUUUCUCAGCCGGCGGCUCCCGACGUUGCAGCGCGACGUCGACGCAACGCGCGUCGCGCUCUUGUACGAGCGCCUCGUGCAGCCGCUGCUGCACACCGCCGUCACCCUCGUCUCGGCUCGGCUCCGCAUGCGGCCCGUGCGGUCGGCCUUUUUCAUCCGCCGCUCCAUCUACCGCGCGUGUGAGAUCCGGCGCGCCACGUCACAUGCCGCCUGUCUCUUGCGGCUCACGACCAAUAUGCAGCGACGGCACCUCGAGGACGCAGUGGCGGCGGCCACCACGCUCGCGAGCUGGUGGCGCAUGCUCCAAGCGAUCGCGAUUCGCCUCCAACUCCGGCGCGCCCACGCCUUGCGGCAGCUUGGCGUUGUCACGUACAUGCUCCUGCGCUCCAAGCCCAUCGCCCAUGCCGCGCGCUACACCGUCCACCGACGCCACGUUGAGCUGCGCAUUCGACAACGCGUGUGGCGCCGCCUGCUCGGGGCCUUUUUUGGCGGCUGGCGACAGUUUGUGGCGAUCGUCCAACACGACCGCCUGCGCCGACGACAACUCUACGAAGACGGGCUAAGGAAGGGAAUGCACCGGGCUGCUGCGUCGAUCCAGCGUACCACGCGCCGGUACUUGGUCGACGCCCGCCCGCGCUACUUGGAGCACGUUCGGAACGACCUCCACCCGCUCGUCGCGCGUUACGAGUCGCAGUGGCGGGACGCGGGGACGGUGCCCGCGGCAUUCGUGGUGUCGACGUUGACGGCGGACAUGGCCGCGCGCUGCGAUGCGACCAACGACGAGAUAUGGGCGACAUGCGCCAUCGAGUACUCCUUGCCGUAUACGCGUCUCGACCCGCUCUCGACGUGGUUGCCCGACGCGCUCCAGCGUUGCUUUGGAGCGAGCGUGGCGACGCGUGUCGAGCGCUGGCCGUGGCGCGGGCUCUUCCUAUCCUUUCUCGAGCGCGUGAGCGCAUGGUUCCGGCACGAGAGCGACCGGCCUGCGCAGCGACUCGACAUCGAGAGCCGCGUCGAGGCAUCGUGUGUGAUGCUAUCGUACGCUGCCUACCUCGCAGGGUCGCGCCGCCUGCCGUUGCAUCACGAUGCACGCGCGCUCCUGGCCGAGUGGGCGCGCGCGACCGAUGCGCGACGGCGCCUCGUGGCCUCGCCAGCAACGACGGACCCACGCACGCUCGCAUCGUACGGCACGUUUCAUCGCGAGAUGGGCUUGCACAAGACGCUGUGUGACCACUGCUGGGCCAUGCUCGAGGUCGAGCGACAUGCCACUGCGUGCGCCACGUGCGGCCACACGUUCAUCGAGCGUCCGACCGCUUCGUCGAUGGCUAAUGCCGACGCGGUCGAGCCCAUCGACUUGCUUGUCUUGCACGCCUUCUUCCAUGCCAUGGCGCCCGUCGGCCACGCGAACCGCCUACGCCCCGUUCCUUCUGUGUGGAAGGCUGCCACGGCGCAUGCGCUGCCGUGGAUCGAGACGCUGUACGAGCAUGGUCUGCGCACGCUCUCUGAUGCGAUGCGCUGCCCCAAGCAGCUCGUGUCCAAUGACGUCGGGCUACCUCGAGCAGUGCAUGCCACGUUGCUGCUUUUCGUACAUCAACUCGGGCGACGCAUGUGA